CCCGGGCCCCCCGCGCCGCCGCCGGCCGCCGGCCCCGGCCUCCGCCCCCGGCCCGGGCCCGGCCCCGGCCCGCCCCCGCCCGCCGGCAAGCCCCCUGCGGCAGGGCCGGCGCGGCCCGGCGGCGGGCGUGGCCCCGGGCUAUCGUGCACGGCGCCCCCGCGCCUCCCGCACGGCGCGCUGCCCGUCGCCCUGCCGCCCGCCGCCGGCUACAAGGCGCCCGACGGCACCGUGCAGGCGCACAAUCUUCCUGACAGCCCCCCUGACUCCAGUUCAGAAGCUCCCUACUCUCCACAGGAUCCAGAUCAGAAGACUGGUGUACCUCCACAGACCAACAUUCAUGCAGAGCUACUUCUGCAGCAUCCACAUUCUGGCCAUCCACCUCCUCACCACCAUCACCACCAUAAUCACCACCAUCAUCCCCCAAUGUACCACACACCUCCCACCCCUCAUCAUGUGGGUGCAUUGCCUCCAAUGUUGAAUGCACCUAACGUGACCUCUCCAGGAAAUGUUCACCCACCUCCUCCCCCACCUCAAACUCCCAUCAGCCUUAACGUCACAGCUUCACCGGCCCCCACGCCAAACUUGCAAUCAUUGGGUAUUGUUCCCAACUCACCUUCAUUGGCCCUAGCAGCUGCACAUGGGUUGGCAGCUGAUGCUAACAGCAUCACAACUAUAUAUUCUUCACUCCAGAGUGGCACCAAGAAAAGGAAACUGUCCCAGGACAGCGGUGUAGGUGGUGCUCCCGGGUCAGGUCCGAAUGGCCCUCUCAGCAGUAUGGUACAUGUCAAGCAAGAACCAGAACUUUCUCCAGACUCCAGUUCUAAUCAGACCGGUGUAUUGGAAGAUGAAUAUGGAUUUGAGAUUCCAAGCGAAUCUGGCAUGUACUUGGAUUCUAGUUAUCAAUGCAUUCGAUUUCAACCUUUUCAACAAACAUCCUGGCAUGUCCUAUGUGACCAGAAUCUCGAAGAAUUGCCUGUACCACAUUACAGAGUUGAUGCUGAUAAAGGAUUCAAUUUUUCUAAUGCUGAUGAUGCAUUUGUUUGCCAGAAAAAGAAUCACUUUCAGAUUACCUGCCAUGUUCAACUUCAAGGUGAUGCUCGAUUUGUGAAAACCCCAGAAGGCCUCAAGAAAAUCAGUAGUUUUCAUUUGCAUUUUUAUGGCGUGAAAGUGGAGUCUCCUACUCAAACAAUAAAAGUGGAACAAUCACAAAGUGAUCGAAGCAAGAAACCAUUUCAUCCUGUCCCCAUGGAUCUGCAGGUGGAACAGGUGACAAAGGUGACAGUUGGACGACUUCACUUCAGUGAAACAACAUCCAAUAACAUGCGCAAGAAAGGAAAGCCCAAUCCUGACCAGCGCUAUUUUUAUCUUGUUGUGGGUUUACAUGCUCAUUGUGCUGAUAACAAUGACUACCCUGUUGUAUCCCAUUCAUCGGAACGGAUCAUAGUCAGGGCAUCAAACCCUGGCCAGUUUGAAAGUGAUGUAGAGCUAUGCUGGCAAAAGGGUCAUACUCAAGAAUCCAUCUUCCACGCAGGUCGUGUAGGCAUUAACACAGAUCGGCCUGAUGAGGCAUUGGUAGUACAUGGAAACGUGAAAGUCACUGGGCACAUAGUUCAACCAAGUGAUUGCCGAGCCAAGGAAAACAUCCAAGAGGUGGAUAGUCGAGAACAGUUAAGAAAUGUACAGCAACUACGAGUAGUCCGUUACAAAUAUGCCCCUGAAUUUGCAUUACAUGCUGGAUUAACAGAUCCUAGUUUGGUAGCUGAUACUGGAGUAAUAGCUCAAGAAGUUCAGCAAGUUUUACCUGAGGCAGUGAGACCUGCUGGGGACAUUGUCCUUCCUAAUGGGCAAAGAAUAGACAAUUUUCUUGUUGUGAAUAAGGAAAGAAUAUUCAUGGAGAACGUUGGUGCUGUGAAAGAGUUAUGCAAAGUCACUGGCAAUCUUGAGACACGUAUUGAUGAACUGGAAAGAAUGAACAAAAAGCUUGUAAAAUUGAAAAGGAUUGACAGUUUGAAGUCCACCUCUAGCAUCUCCACAGUGACAAGUUAUAAUAAAGGUUCUGCUCUAGCCUUGAAACAACAAAAACGUAAGAAAUUAACUAAAGAAGAAAGUUGGUUAUGUUCCAAUAAAUUUAUCCAGAUUACUAUUGUAAUGCUAGUACUUAUUAUGGCUUUCUGCUUGGUUGCCAUGGCUACUUUGUACUUUUUGGAAUUUCAAAAAAGGAACAGGCAAGACACAGAUAGUCCUUCCUUCAGGCAACACAUCGGCCACAAUAGGCCACAUCCUUCAACUGCUUCAACAUAUAAUUUUAACCCUACAUUAAAUCCUGAAUCUAGUAAUCAGUUAUUUAUAAGUUCUACUUCUUUACCCCUUUCAUCAAAAUCUCCUUCAAAACUUCCAUAUAUUACCAAGGAACAUUCUCCAAGUGCAGGAUAUUAUACUGCGCAAUGGGUUACCAGUAAAUUAUCCUCUCGUUCUGAUCUUGCCAGCUCUCAAGUCAGAUUAAGCCCUCCAACAGCAUCUGCUUCUCCUCGCAUAGCUCAAACAAGUGAUUUUAAUAUGCCAGUUGGAUCUGAGGCAGAAAUUCCUUCACGGCCCCUUGCUUUAGGCCGCCCUCCAGAAUGUUCUCAACUUGGAGAAAAUGAAGGACAGCAUGGCUCAGUGGAUUCUGAUGUUUCAAUCUGCACACUAUUCUGUUGUGCAUAUGAACAUGAAGAAUCAUUUGAUCAAGUAGAACCUACAACAAGAUCAACUUCUCAGAGUACUUCAUUACUUGUACCCAGUACAAAUGCAACAACACUGACAGUGCAAGUUAACCUGACAACACAGAAUCCUUUGAAAAGUCCAACAGAUGCAGGAAGUGGACAUAAAUCUGUGAAUAGUUCAGAAAUCCAUUCAAAUACAGGGCACUUAAAGGAGGAAAAACAUGCAAAGAAGAGAAUUCAAAGAGAUAUUGAUAAUUGGGGAGAGGAAGAAAACACCAACAUAUUUAGUGGUGUUGAUAUGAGUGACAUUGAGCCAAAUAGUAUUUCUCUUAGUUUACAUGGUCGUUAUUUCAACCAAACUCUUUCACACAUAUACUGUCAAAAUGAUGUGAAUGUAAGUUGUUCAGUACCUCUCAGCAAAUACAUGCCGGACAGCUAUCUGAGGCUUCAAUUCCAUGCACCAAGAGAUAGAGAUUUGAUAGUGGAACAGUGUGAUAUACCACUAGGUUUACCAGACUGUUUGUCAGGAGGACACUAUCCUAUGUCUCAUUCUGAUGAAAUGAAUCAACACAUACCAGUUGAACAUCCAGGCACUGCAAAUACUGGAGUAACUGUGUUUUCAUUGUACCGCAUUGGGCAGUAUGUGAAUUCCUAUUUUAGGUUCAGAGUAGCAGUAUCAAGAGCAGUGAAUCUUUGCAGUUUUGGAAGGGAUCAACUUGGUGAAGAAUUCUUCGAGUAUAAUUUUCAUUUGUUUAGAGACUGUGAUGAUUAAGAUGAAAAAUAAGUUUUUCAUUUGAUAAUGCUCAGAAGAGUUAGCUAUAUAGCUUCUUUAUUAAUGAAUCAAAAUGAUUUAUGAACUUGUGAGAAGCUAUUCUGCUGUAAAAGUAUUUUCUUCACUCAAAUGAACAAAACAAACAAUGCAAGAAGUAUUGUUCAUAGAGAUUUUUCCAGAAACCAAGUAACUCCUAAUUUUCCAUGGCAUUCAAUCGUGUUCUAUGUGUGCCCUGCUUUGAAGCAAAUGGUGCAUUAUCAUGAGAAAUGAAUGUUGUGAAGGAAUUGCCUUUAAGAUAGUCAUGUGACUUAAAUGGCUGCUGCCUGGGAGACUGAUUUUUAAUGAAAUGAUAUUGAACAGAAGGACGAGAAGCACAGAAUUGUCAUAAAAGUGUUGUGGAAGCAAUGCAUGAUGUCAUUGGAAGUUGUUUUGUAAUUACCAAAUGAAGAGCUGUAUUUAAGUGUCAGAGGAAUAGUAUGUUAAGGCAUAAGAUUUAUUCUGGACCCAUUGUUGAUAAACUAAAGCAUUUUAUGACAAUUCCAUUUGUAAAUAUAGACCUCAUUUGCACAUUGUACCUUUAGUAUCUCACAAUUCAGAAAAUUUCUGAAAAUUUCUGAAAAUUGAAUGAUGGGAUACUUUGAGUUUUAGUGUGGCUAGACAGUUUUUAAGGAAAAGUUUUUUCAGAUAACCAUGAACUGAAAUGGUUACUUACCAUUUUGUAAAAAUCGUAUUACAUCUGUAAGUUGUAAAUAAUUAUGUAUAAACUAAGACACUGACCUGACCAAUUUUUUUGAGAGAUUUGAGAAGAUUCCAGAAGGAAGAAAAUGGGAUAAAGAUGUAUGGAAUUCAAACGUUUUCAGUCAUUGCAAGAAAAUCUGUAAUAAGUCAAUAAAACAACAUUUCCAGAAACAUGCAUAACGUCUGAUUAUGAUUGAAUGCAUGUGAAUCAUAAAUGUAAGCUGACUCAUUCCUACAAAGCCUUUAAAAGUCUGCAACUUAACUUUGAUUCUAAAAAAUUAUUUUCUCACAGCUCUAAAAUGCUAUGAGAGCACUGAAGUACAAAUAAUCAGAUUUGUAUACACAAUAUUGUGUCAGAAACAUAAUGCUUGAAAUAAUUAUUGAAAACAUCUUCCUUUAUGUUUCAGUUUAUGUCAGGAUCAUAUGCAGACAAUUGAAAUUUACGUUAAGCAUUUGCAAUUUAGGUAUUGUAAAGCAAUCAAAUUGAAAAAUUCUUUAGCUCUAAAAGAUGUAAAAUAAACUCCCAUUGGUAUCCCAGGUUUAAACCGUCCAUAUUAUUGCUCUAGUAAAAUUUGGUAGUCAUACAUCAUAUAGAAAUGCUAAUGCAUUUUGAGUUCUAUUUUUUAUGCACCCUAAGAAAAAAAAUUCAGAUUUGUAAUGCGGAAAGACUUUGUAGAAAAUUACACAGGAAUGUAGAUAUAAAUAAGAAUCAUUCUACAGUUGUACAAAGUUUUUUUUUAAAGAUUUGUAUAUCUAUUAGAAUAUAUAAUAUAAUUUGCCAUAGUGUUAUGUGUCAAUAAUUCUCCUUUGUUUAUAAAUGUACUUUGCAUCUUUUAUACAUAGACGAAAUGCAUCCUGUUAGAACCACAUAAGAAAUUACUAAAUUUAUUCAAAAGCAUUUCCAAAAGUCUAUGAAAAAGAACUUUCUUGCAUUUAGUGGUACUUAUAAGUUGUAAUUGUGAUACAAGUACAGUGAUUUAAAUGACAGUACAAUUAGUAAUUAUGUUAUAGAUGGAUUUGGUAGAAAAAGUGGUGGGGAGAAAUUCAAUACCCAACCACUCUACCCAAUGUAUUUUUCUUCAUGUACAUAAAAUGUAUGCUACAGAAUAAGACAUGUUAUAACAUAGCAUGCAGUACUAUCGGUUCUUGUAAUUUUUUUAACUUUUUAUUAUUUUUAUUAUUGUUAUUGUAAUUAUUAUUAUUAUUAUUAUUAUUAUUAUUAUUAUUAUUAUUAUUAUUAUUAUUAUUAUUAUUACAAAGUAGAUUAUUUACAUACAGAUACUAAAAGUAAUGCAUUUUAGAACUUAGAGAUGUAUGAAAUAUAUGUGCAAUAUAUGCAACUACAAACCUUCAUGGAUAUUCCACUAGAAGUAGAAAUAAUUUAAAUGUACAUGGAUGUAUAUGGUGUCUUUUAGAAUGAAGAAUUCUUUCUUAUCACUAAUUCAUGACUGUUCAACAUAUCAUUUUGUCUAUACUUCGCAACCAUUAGUAAAUUGUAGUGUUAAUAUGUGUAACUUGUGAAGUGUGAUUUAUGAAUGGUUAAUUGAAAAUAAUGCAUUUUAGAUGUCAUGCUUGAGAUUAAUGUAAAACCAUUAUUCAAAUUUUAGUUUUGCAGAAAUUGCUCGUAGAGCUGUAAUUACAAAAUCAGUAACGAUUUUUAACUGAAUGUCUAGUUUUGUCAUGUAUGAAAGGAGGAUAGUCUAGUCUUAUAUUUGAUUAAUUUUCUGGACCUAACACUAAAAACAAAAGAUUCAGUUUUGCCUGCAAUACAUUAUGUUUAAAUUCCUUAAUAAACAAAAUGACUUCACUGAUAUUUAUAUUUACAAAAUCCAGUGUUCUUGAGUCUUCACACUGUUCAUUGGAACCUUUAAAAUUAUAUAGUUACAUUAAUUACUCAUAUUUUAUUCUAAAAUGUGUUAACAGCAUUCUCUCAGAGCAGUUAAUAUUUAUGAAUGUUGGAGCUGUGAAUCUGAGGAACAAGUGUCUUAAUGAUUGUGCACCAAAACUUAAGUAGUCUAACUAUUUUUUGUUGAGAACUUGUAAACUUUUUCUCAUUUUUUUUUCUUUUCUUUCUUUCUUUUGUCACUAGAGUUAUGAUCAGUAUGUAUUGGACUUUAGGGAAAGG